AUCUCCGUCUGCUGCGGUAACAUGGCAUCGUCCAGUCAAACUCAAUUAACGGAAGAACAACGUCAGCGCAUCCAAGAAAAUAAGGCGAAAGCCUUGGAAAAGCUGCAGAAACGGAAAGCCGAGGGCGAUGCCGCUGCUGACAAGCAGGAGUCGCCAAAGUCCAAACGAUCACGCUGGGCUACCCCGUUUUAUGAAUAUGAUCUGAGUACCAUGGUCGAUACCAAGGGUGGAUUCAUUCUCGACAAGGCUGCUGAGGAAGAACAGGAGAAGAAGCGACAAGAGUUAACGCAGUACGAGCCGUUUCUCUUACGAUCAAUGGAUCCAUCGGAAAAUCCGAAAUGUCGAGAUUGCGGCAGCAUGGACGUCGAUCCCAUCUUUUACCAGAUCUUUCACAUUUCUGUUUGUCCAACCUGCAAGGAAAAGUUUCCAGAAAGAUACAGUUUAAUCACCAAGACGGAAGCGAAAGAGGAUUAUCUGUUAACGGAUCCUGAAUUGCGAGAUAAAGAGCUGCUGCCGUACUGGUUGAAACCGAAUCCCAGAAAAUCGACAUGGAACAACAUGAUGUUGUAUGUGCGUGAAAUGGUGGAAGAGUAUGCAUUUAAGAAAUGGGGCGGUGCUGAAGGAUUGGAUGCCGAGUAUGAACGUCGUAUGGCUCAAAAGAAAGAGAAAAAGGACAAGAAAUUCAAAGAGAAAUUGGCAGAUCUGCGUCGAAGAACAAUGACCAGUACGUGGGAACGCAAACGGCAAGAGGGUCCACACAAACACACUUUUGGACCUUCUGUCGAAGCAGAAGAUGGCAUCACCACCCAAACAUGCACUGAAUGUGGGCUUGUGGUCGAGUCAGAAGAGUUGUAGGAGCGUGAAUUUUGAACUGUUGAUCCGAAUCAAACAUCUAUACCAUCCACAGCACAAUUGGCCAUGCUUAUAAUUUCCGUACUGUAUAUGAUACGCUUGGAUUUUCUUGUCUUCGUAUUUUUUUUUCUAUCUCUUAUUUCUCAUCCUCAAUGCCUGCAUAUCCCAUUAUUUCAGCUCUAUUAGAUUAUCCAUAGUCAGUAAUACAUUAUUAAUUGAACCAUUCAUGCGUCUGCAAUGUGUAGAGCGCACGAUGGAUCGG